AUGUCCCGCCCGGCAGAAGAGGUUCUUAGCGAACAUCCGUUGAAAACAUCUCUUAUUCCCCUGGACCGUGGUCUGGCAGAGGAGUACAUUGAUUGUUUUCAUAGUCACUCAUGUGCGACGUAUCGCUAUAUUCCUCGAAGUCAGAGCAAUGAAUUUCUCGGGAAGCUCUACUCCGAGGAUGAAAGCUUCCUGCAGGAUGAUGCCAGUAUGGCGGUUAUCUUCUUGAUCCUCGCCGUUGGGUGCAUUUGGUACCCUUCUUUGCACAGUCGCGACAUUUUCGAGUAUAAGACUAAAGCUGCUAAUUCUCACAAAGCUCGCGGCUCUACGAGGCCGCACAAUCAAGGCUGGAGAAGACAGCAUCCAUGUUCCCUCCCUCGAUUCUGGUGA